AUGUCCUGUUACAGCAGUGUGAUCCGCGUGGAUGCAUCAUCUGCGGACCUAGCACCUCAAGAACCACUGCAUCUGAUCCCCUGUGAGAUUGAACACAAUGGACCUGCACAGAUCUCUCAGUACUUUAAUGCUGCCAUAAAGGAGCGUAAACACGAGAUGACUGUUUCAUUUCGGGGUCGAGGCCUUAAAGGGCAGUACAUUACCUGUCCGCAAGGCUACACUGGCAUUGUACUCAAGGAGCUCAACAAGCCCGGUUCGGAUCAGGAGGACAGGACCCUGACGAUAGCUUCCUUGUUUGACAAGCUGACCUACUGGAACCUCGAGACACCUCCUAACUCAGAUGAUGCGGUGGUGAUGGCGAUGGAUUGGCCUGAGCUUGCUGAAGCGAUUCAUGGAGCAGUGGAAGAUUAA